AUGGUGGAUACAGUGGAAGAUACUUGUCGAGAGAAGCAGCUGCAGAAACCUCAAAUGUCCCAAGCUUCGUUGAGACAACAACGUAACCGGCGCGGCAACACACUCAUCAAAAAGGCAUACGAACUCAGCGAUAUAGCUGAUGCCGAUGUCUUCCUUGGUAUCCGACUCCGAGAUGGUCGAGUCAGGACAUUUUGUGCAGAUAAGACGGGCUUUUGGUCUUCAAAGAUGUCAUAUUUGGAUUCAUAUUAUCCCAUCCCCCAACGAAAAACUCCAAGUGAUUUUGUUUCCAGACAAGACGGGAUAAUGAAGGAGAGUCACCGGUCAAAGGGUGGAAAAACCGACGAGAAAGAGGAAGGAUUCCAGAUAGAUCCAGCAUCAUUGGUUACAAAUGUUUCAUAA